AGUCAAGCCACACGAAGAACAUAACAAAAUGAGUACUUAAUCUCUAGUGAUGACGAAUCAAUUGUUUCUUCUAUUAAAAAAAAUAAAAAAAUCGAGGAAAACAAAAACAGAGUGUAGCGAAGAUGACUCAUCUAAUACGACAUUUGAACAGCCGCCGAAGAAAUCAAAAAAGAUGGAUACUGCUGUUAGCUCACAGAAAAAAAACUCAAAAAAAACCACAUUUUCGAGCUUGUUGGAGAAAGCAGAAAAAGAAGCAAUCCCGAACCGUCAGUUUUGUUACGAUCGAUCCAUUUUAAAAGCCGAUAGCGAAUCACAACAAGCCAAAUACGACAUUUCUAUCGAAACGCCAAACGCUAAAAAAUAUAUUGUUAUUGAGCAGUUUGAUAUCGAUAAAAUAUCAAAAGUUUCGCCAUCACUAAGAUGGAAACACGUACAAUAUUCGGCUAAACUUUGUUUGACGGACACUUUAAAAAAGGAUGCAAAAAUACAACAACUCAUCAAGCAGCUUUUUGAUGAGGUAGCAGCUCGAUUUAUGUCCGACGAGACUAGAAUUGUUAAGACUUAUUCGGAUAAAUAG